AUGACGACGCUUGUGGCUAUUCGACCAUCGCCGCUUAACAUUAGCAUGAGCAACCAACCCGACCGCCGGACGGGCAAGCGUCUAGCGGCCGCGGAUGAUUUUGAAAAUGACGACGACUUUGUAUUUACGCGCAAACCCAAGAAGCCGAGGACAGAAGAGGUGGCGGCCGCGGGCGCGCCUGUGAGGAGAUCACCACGAAACAAACCUGCUGCCGCGGACACAGCCACAGAAACAGUACCAUCAGCACAACAGAGGAGGACCGGCGCUGCGACGUCGCCGUCGCGCGAUGCGGACUGUAGGAGGAGAGAAGCGAGCGCCGGGCGCGUCGCCGACCAAGACCGCAAGACGCAGAAGACAAGUCGACGCGGCGACAACGGCGAUGCAGGCCGAACUGGAAGCAGCUUCCAGUCGCCGCCGCGCGGCACGACGACGAUUGCACUGCCGACGAGCGACACGCCGGUCAUGGCGCGCAACAAGGAGAUGCGCAAAAAGGCCGCCGAGGGUGGGAGCGCGUCGGGCAGCCGGUCCUCAUCGAACGGGAGCAGCAACGGCAACAACAACCACCGACGAAGCUCUCUGGGGACGCGCGGCCGCCGGGCGAGCUCGCUGAUGGAGAGCGGGCAGACGGCGAUUCCGCACCGGGAUUUGGACGCUCAGGAUUUCUACAAGCACAUUGCCUCGGACGGCCUGCUGGAGCCGCUGCGCAUGAAGACGCUGCUGACGUGGUGCGGCGAGAGGGCGCUGCCGGAGAAGCCAAAGCAGGGCGUGCCGAGUACGGACCCGUCGCUAGGAGCGCGCGCGAUUUUGGACGACUUAUUAAAGGAGUUUUCGACGAGACCCGAAUUUUCCAACUGGCUGGCGCGAGACGAGAGCGUCGCGCCGGCGGCGAGGAUAUUAAAACCGAAUCCUCGAAAUAUAGAGCUCGAUAAAAAGAGCGCUUCCCUGGAAGCACGAAUACAGAGACUACAAGAAGAAAAGAAUGCGUGGCUGUCGAUACAAAAACCACCGCCCGACCAACCGCAGCUCUUCCCCGACGACACCAUGACGCAGGAAACACCCGACAUUCAACUCCCCGCCUUGGAUCUUCUCGACGCCGACGAGGGCCGCACGCGCAAGUACCUCGCCGCCGAGCUCGAGCCGCUGCCGCAGGUGCGCGCGCGCACCCAGGCGCGCCUGCAGGCCGUGCAGAAGACGCUCGAGUUUGAGGUGGACCACCUGGCGGAUAAUGUGCACAAGCUGGAGCAGCGCGUGCGCGUCGCCGGGCGGCAGGCGGACGCGGUGCUGCGAGGCGCGGCGGAGAGGCUCCGGCGCAGGGAGGACAGGGAGAAGCGCAGCGCGGGGACGAGGGAGAUGCCGAUGAUGGAGAUUCUGAGGAGCCUAGGCAGCUUGCUGCCGGAAGGCGGCGGUCCUGGCUUAUGA